AUGCCGAUAGUCUCCGUCUCACCGGAAGCUGGGCAUGCCAUUGCCCUAAAGACUUCAAGUGACAUCUUGCGGCUACCAGAUUGGCCCCUGGAUGUAACGUGGCUGCCACCAGGGCACGGGCACUUGGGAGACCUUUUGGUAGCCUACGGAAGAGUCUUCCUGGAGAUCUGGCGGCUAGGAGACGACGGACCGAGGAGGCAGGCAAGGUUGGCCGGUACUUCAGAGGUCUCCUUCCUCUAUUCGGCGUCAUUGCAGGCUUUGCCCUUGGCAGUGGAAGCUGGCAGCGUGCUCUGUGCCGGGGGGACCUUCGAUGGCUUCGUUGUGCUCUGGACUGUGAGGCCGGAGGAGGCAAAGCUGGAGGCACCUUUGCAGCUGUCUGGACACGAAGGCGCCAUCUUCAGGACACGGCUCUUCUUGGAUGCGACGGUCCUGCUCACGGCUUCCGAUGACCGCACGGUGCGGCUUUGGGUGGAGGAGCGAUCGCCACUGCUCCAUGGCUCCGUGGGACAGAUUGAGGCCAAGCUCAGUCUCUCUGGCUCUCCUUUCCGCGGCUGGCGCUGUGGGGCGAUCUGUCGGGGACAUGGCUGCCGGGUUUGGGACGCUCUGCUUUGUCCCAUCGGAUCUUUGAGCUUUGGCAUCGUGUCGGCAUCUGAGGACUCCAUCGUACGAGUUUUCUCUCUAGAGGGGACCUUGCUCAGAGAACUGCAGGGCCACCAAACGCGAGGCGUCCGGUGCUUGGAGGUGGUGGUGGAGCCACUAACCUGGGCCUCAGCUAAGUUCACCCAAGCUGACCUCGCCGUCAUCUCAGGGGGCGAAGACGGAGCAGUGAAGCUGUGGCCGCUUUGUGAUGUGGGUGUCUCCAGACAUGAUGACACGGCGGAAAGCAAGGGUGCGUCCAGCAGGGUAUGGCAUGUGCCACAAGCAGAGGACUGGAUCCGAGAAGUGGCGCUGCUUUCGCACAGAGAGGCCCUCGUCGCGACGAACUUUGGAAGAAUUUAUCGACUGCUGCUCCACGUCGAAGACGAUGACAAGCAGGUGACAGGCACUUUGCUCUUUGAGGAGUCGGGUGUGUUUUUUACUUGCAUGGGGUUGGGUGCUUCCGCGCGCGUUUGGGCUGGUUGCGCAGACGGUCGCGCCCUGACACUUGGUGUACACGACGGGCGCAGCCGGUGGGUAGAAGCUUUUCGGCAGUGCCGGGUCAGUGCGGCCUUCGGGGCGAAUGCUGGGCAAGGACUGCUGGCAGAUCACGCCGGCAGCGUGCAGCUUUGGUUGGAUGAUGCUUCAGAGUCUGCGCCAUCACGGCUUGCGGAAGUGAAGCUGGUAUCCUCGAAAAAAGGGGACAAGAACCAGCGCCUGCUUUGUGCUGAGCUUCUCACUGAUGGCCCAGCCUGGCUAUUAGGGGACGAGCAUGGCAACCUCCAUUUCGUCGACUUGCGGGACCAGUCACAUCGAGCUGUCCACGAGGGAAAGGUGCUUUGUUUGAAGCUUCUAUCUCAGAAGGACAGGGAGUUUCUUUCUGCAGGGGCUGACGGUACAGUGGUGCACCAUCGAAUCGAGUCAGAAGUCUGGACUCAGCUUUCAUCCCACAGACCGGGAUGUGGUUUGCGGCACCUGGCACACCUGUCCAUGAUACCCCGCUCAGGCACGUCAGAUGUGUCCAUCCCGCCCUUGCUGAUCGGUGCCUUUCAGAGUGCCGACUUCGUAUUGUGGGAUGCAGUGGCUGGACUGGAGAUUUGGCGAAGCCGGUGUGGCGGCGCCAAGAGGCCAAAUGAUCUUUUGGCAGACGGGGCCUCUUACACGUUCGUCUUCUCUUCCGCAUCCAAGUCGUUGGAAAUCCACUCCACCUUCACCCCGGAGGGCGCGUCUCCAGAAAGCUCUGCAGCUGAAGCGGCGGUCGCCCCCAAAGGCUUGCGGCAGCCCUUGCACGGACGUGAGAUUCACAGCGCCUGCUGGCUUCACCCACCUUCCGAGGAGCGACCUGGUCUCCUGGCCACCGCCUCUGAAGACACAAGUCUCCGGCUAAUCAGGUUCCAUCCCUCCAGCCUUGAGCGCAGCGCGGCGCUCACCCCGGAGCCAGCAAACGUCCGCUUUCCGGGCUCAGUGCGCGCUUUAGCAGCGACCGAGCUCCUGGUGAAGGGCCAGGGCACCAAGCUGCUCCUCUCUGGAGGCGCCAAGGGCAUCCUUCGGGCGCAUCUCCUUGAGGAAGUGAGUUCCCUGCGCUGCGUUUGGUCCACCUCGCUGGCCCAGGAUGCAGUGGUUGGGACCCCCAUGAUCGAAGAGGAGGAUGGAGGAGCCGCUAUGCGGCUGGAGGAGCGAGUGAUGGCCCUAAGCUGUAUCAACCUGGAGGCCUCCGUUGUGGCCUGUGCUGCCUCCUCCAGCGGACUACUCCGCACGUGGCAUCUGCGGUGGGGUGACGGAAAUUCCCUUGAGGCAGACUUUCUUCAGCGGCAGCGCGCCGCCAGCACCACUGCCUUAUGCGCCGAGUGUUUCCUGGAGCAGGGCUUCGCAGGGGUUGUGCUGGGAAGUGCCGAUGGGAAGCUGGCGGCCUGCAGCCUCUCAGUUCCAGGCCUUUGCUGGGAGCCUCGAGCCGAGCCGCUGCUUCAAACGCAGCUCCACGAUGCGGGUCUCAACGACUUGGCCCUCCAAAUCCUUCCUUCCGAAGGCUCCGGAGUACGGCUGCUGGUCCUGAGCGCCGGGGACGAUCAUCGCGUCUCCCUGUGCCGCCUGGACUUUGCCCUAUCUUCGGAACCCAGCUGCACGCUGCAGAUGGCUCGAAGAGUCGAUUGCGCACAUACCUCCGCAGUGCGCGCUGUGGGCUGGACCGGACCCUUCGCUCUGAGCCUGGGCCUGGACCGGCGACUGCGUGUAUGGCAAGCCGAUCGGGCGAGCUGCGAACUGACGGAAAGACGAGCUCAGGUGGUGAGCUGCAGCGAGCCAGAGGCAUUGGCCGUGUCUUCCGCAGGGCUGCUGGCUCUCGCUGGAAGAGGCGUCGAAGUUUGCUCUCUUGUGGACGUGUGUCCGGACGGAUCCAGCUGA